AAAGGAAGAGGAAGGAGAAGAAGCUGUGCUAUGCUUCAAGGCUCAUUUAUUUACCAUCCUGCCUUUGCCUUUAUUACCUUCUGCUUCCCUUUUCAACCUCCUCUUCCAUACCCUCUGUAAUCUACAUAUAUGUAUGAUUAUAUAUAUAUUUAUAUACAUAUCCAUCCCUCUAAUAAGCUAUACAAAUUUGCAAAGCUUCUUCAAUCAACCCCUUCUUCUUCUCCUCCUUCUUCCUUGGUUAUUUAUUCUCUGCUACUCAAUUUAAGCCAUUUGCGAUAGUUUUAAACUGAAUGCUGCACCCUCCUCCUUUUCCUCUCCCUCCCUUUAUCAAUUUAAUCCUUCCAUCUCUUUCUCUCCUUCAAGCUUCAUAACUCCUCUCAAGUGCUCUUUACCUUGCAUUGAAGCCGCCUUUUGUACUUCUAACCACCAUUCAUUCUUCAUCUCACGGCAUUUUGAAUGCAGCCGGUGUUUCGGUUGAGGACUGAUAUCUGGCAUCGCUUGUUUUCGAUAGAAGGAGAUAGAAAUUGUUAGCAAGUCAAAAUGCGAGUGAAAGAAAUGCAUCCUUUGUGCUGUAUUUCCCUCGAAAGUCCCGGCAUCGGGAACCAAUCACCGGAUGCGUCUCUUUCGAGGACCAGAAGUCUGCCGGCGAGUUUCGAGGCUGCUGGAUCUGAUGGCAUUGCCAGUGGACGGGCUCAGGGAUCGGAGACUACGGUGGCCGGCAUUCUAUACAAGUGGACUAAUUAUGGUAAAGGGUGGAGAUCCCGAUGGUUUCUAUUGAGGAAUGGCGUGCUUUCUUACGCCAAGAUCCGAUGGCCGGAGAACCUCAAUCUCCUAACGCCCGCCGAAGACGUCAAGUUGAUCGGCGAAAUUUCCACCAAUCGAUUGGCAAGAAUGGACGGCGGGAGUAACAUGAGACGAAAGCACCAUAAAACCUCUUCUGGGGUAGUCCAUCUCAAGAUCUCGUCAUUUAGAGAGAGCAAGUCGGAUGAUCGCCGCUUCUAUAUAUUUACAGCAACGAAGACUCUCCAUCUCAGAACUGAUUCAAAGAGAGAUAGGGUGGCAUGGAUACAGGCUUUAGUCUCAACUCGCUGCCUCUAUCCACUUAGACCCCUCAGUGAUAACCUCUCUUUUGUACCCAACGAUAUAUCUAUAUCAACUGAGAGGCUUAGAAAACGCUUGCUUGAAGAGGGAACCACUGAGAACCUUGUGAAGGAGUGUGAACAAAUCAUGCUCUCAGAAUUCUCGCAAAUAAAAGGCCAACUCAAAAUUCUCUGUGAAGAACGGUCCAAUUUGCUCGAUACUAUAAGGCAGUUGGAGGCAGCUAAUAUUGAACCUGAAGCCUCGGGAAUCCAUGAUGGUGCAUAUCAAUUAACGAAGCAUGACAUUUCUAGUCUAGGACGUGGAAAAUAUAGUGAGUGCAGUACAACUGAAUCAUCCGAUGAUAUUGAGAAACAGGAUAUGGAGGAAGUGUCAGAUGAAGAUGAGAUCUCAUUUUAUGAUACUGCAGAGUACUUUACAGAAGCUGCUGGUAAUAGGGGGUCUAAGAGAGAUCUGGAUGAGGGGAACAAACCCAGGGAAUCUCGCUCUAAAUGCAUUGAUGCGGAGAAAACUCAGCCAGAGAAAGCAGUCUAUAAUUCUAGGAAUCCUCAGAUAACAAGACGAAAAAAGCUUCCAGAUCCUGUAGAGAAAGAGAAAGGUGUUAGCCUUUGGUCAAUAAUCAAGGACAACGUGGGCAAGGAUCUCACUCGAGUUUGUCUCCCUGUGUACUUUAAUGAGCCUCUAUCAUCUCUUCAGAAAUGUUGCGAGGACUUGGAGUACUCUUAUCUUUUGGAUCAAGCUUAUGAGUAUGGAAAAUCAGGAAACAGUCUCCUCCGGGCAUUGAAUGUUGCUGCAUUUGCAGUUUCGGGAUAUGCAUCAUCUGAAGGUCGUCAUUGUAAACCCUUUAAUCCUUUGUUGGGGGAAACAUAUGAAGCUGAUUAUCCUGAGAAAGGAAUUCGCUUCUUUUCUGAGAAGGUCAGUCACCAUCCAACCCUCAUUGCCUGCCACUGUGAAGGUAGAGGAUGGAAGUUUUGGGGUGACAGUAACAUCCGUUCAAAGUUUUGGGGAAGGUCAAUUCAGCUUGAUCCAGUAGGAGUUUUGACCCUAGAGUUUGAUGAUGGUGAAAUAUUUCAGUGGAGCAAGGUCACUACAACAAUAUAUAACCUUAUCCUUGGCAAAAUAUACUGUGACCAUCAUGGGAGCAUGGACAUACGGGGUAACCGCCAAUACUCGUGUAGACUCAAAUUCAAAGAACAGUCAAUUCUUGACCGAAAUCCCCACCAGGUACUUGGAGUCAUUGAAGAUGCUUCGGGGAAAAAAGCUGCUUCAUUAUUUGGCAAGUGGGAUGAUAGCAUGUCUUACAUUAUUGGCGACGUGAAUGGGAGGCCAAAAGAUUCCAGUUCAUCGGAUGCAUGUCUAUUGUGGAAAAGGACCAAUUCUCCCACCAACCUGACGCGGUACAAUAUGACAUCUUUUUCCAUCACAUUGAACGAGCUUACGCCAGGACUGAAGGAGAAACUCCCACCCACGGAUUCCAGGCUCAGACCAGAUCAGCGGUAUUUGGAAAAUGGGGAAUACGAGAAGGCUAACUCAGAGAAAUUAAGGUUGGAAAGGAGGCAAAGAAUGUCGAGGAAAAUGCAAGAAAAUGGCUGGAAACCAAGAUGGUUCCGAAGAGAAGGAGAAGACGGAACAUUUCGCUAUGUAGGCGGGUAUUGGGAAGCCAGAGAGCGAGGAAUAUGGGAUGAGUGCCCAAAUAUAUUUGAAGUCAAUGAAAACUUAGUAAACCCUUUAGAUGCAUCUUGAUUUAAUUCAGAGUUGAGAUAGCGAUAAUAUAUGAAAAUGAGGCAGCAGGAACCUUUAGCUUCGAAGUUGUAGCAUGGGGCCAUUGGGACUGGUGAAAAAGCGGAUCGACUUUCAGUUAUGGUUGCCUGACUGGAGUGAAUGGCUUCGUAGAUUUUUCUUCCAGCGACGUGAAGCGAACAACCAAAACAUAAAGUGAUAGAAAAAACGUCCAUCCAUCUUUUCCCGGAUGUGCCUUGUGAAAUCGAACAAACCUCAAUCGGCCAAUCGCCUAGGGCUGGUAGUAGUGGGUAGACGUGUAUUUUCAUUUAUGGGCAUGAUAUAGACUAGGCUUUCCAGAAUCUGUCAUGGAGUCGAAAUCAAUUGAUUUGGCAAAAGAUAAAGAAAGAGAGAAGAAAGGAAAUCCCAAAUUGAGGCUGUUAUUUGAUUUUGAUGAGCAUAUGAGCAAAUAAUUCAUCAGCUACAUCAGGGUGUCGUCUAUGUCUAUGAUUGUCGUAUAAUAGGGUUUUACUUUUUAUCUUCUAGAUAUGUAAUUAUUGUUGGGGUAUGAUAUGAGCUUCUCUCUCUCCCUUUCUCCUGAAUCCUCCCAUGGUUGCUGACUUGGCCAAAGAGAUGUAGAUUUGUUAUAAUAUAACAAUAUUAUCCUUGAUAUUUUUCAAGAAAUAAA